AUGCUCUCCCGUGGUCCUCAGAAAGCAGGGUUCCUGCUGGCACUUGGCCUACUGGCCGCAGCCUCUCCACACCAAAAUCAAAGGCGUCAGGAGUGUCUUGGUGGUAACGCGCCUGGAUCAUUUCCAGGUUCAGGCUCAAGUGCCGGCUCCGGGCCAGGAAGCGGUUCGGAAACCGGAAACGCGGGCGCUGGGCUCAUUCACCGCGACCUGGUCGUCAUUGGCGGCGGGGCGACUGGCGUUUACUCAGCAUGGCGUGCGAUCGAGGGUGGGAACCUCUCCGUCUCUGUUGUUGAAGCAUCGGACCGCCUCGGGGGUCAUGUGGACACGUUCUAUGAUCCAGCAACGGGCCGACCUGUCGAUUACGGCGUGCAAGCUUAUAUCAACAACGAGCAGACGCAAGAAUUUUUUGCCAGAUUCAAUGUCUCCCUCAAUGCAUCCGCGUUUUCGCCCUUCAAGACCUACGUGGCCGACUUCAAGGCUGGGGUAGUCAUCCCAAACGCCACCUAUCCAGACCCAACCACCCUUAUUGGACCACUCACCAACUAUCUGGGAGUCAUGUCUACGAACUUCCCCUUCCUCAACGAAGGCGCCUUCGAUCUCCCAGACCCUGUGCCCGAGGACCUGCUGAUGCCGUUCGGCCAAUUUGUUGCCAAGUACAACAUAAGUGAUGUGGUUUCGGUCAUAUUCACGUUCGCCAACGCUGUUGGGAAUCUCCUCGAAGCCCCCACUCUCUAUGUCGUCCAGAACUUUGGAACAGCUCACAUUCUCGGCCUGGCGAGUGGAUAUAUGUACGCACCAACGGGCAAUCAGGCAGUUUAUGAUGCCGCUGCCGAGUGGCUUGGUGACAGAGUUUUCUACAACACCAAGGUGGCAAAUACCAUUCGAAACCAAGACGGAACCACCACCAUCACGCUUGCCAAUGGUGCGAAAAUUGCGGCCAAGAAAGUAUUGGUCACAAUCCCGCCUACCUUGGGCAAUCUCGCCGGCUUCGACCUGGACGACGAGGAAACAUAUCUCUUCGAGCAGUGGUCCGACAUUCCAUACUACGUUGGUGUCACAACACAAACUGGGCUUCCUGACCUGACCAAUUUCAUCAAUGUCGACACCUUCUCCGUUGGCAACCUGCCGUCCGUUCCAUUUGUGUGGCGUCUAGAGACGGUCGGUGUGCCAGGGUAUCAAACCGUCAAGGUCAUCGGGGAAGCGGAUUCUGCAAAGGCACGAGGCCUCGUGUACGAUGCUGUCGCCAAAAUUGGCAAGUCAUUGGCGAGUUUGGAUCUUGGCGAUUCUGCGGGACCUGGGGAUGACAUAUUCGCGGCUUGGCAGGCGCAUGCUCCGUUGACCCUGAACGUCCCAACUGACUCAAUUCGGUCAGGUUUCUAUAAAAGCCUCUAUGGUCCUGCCUUUGAUUUUGGGUCCAAUAAGACAGUGACUACCACAAGGAGGUCUGAAUAG